UUCAGUUUGCGCCGCACCGUGGUCGUCCUGUCAGCGUAUACACUUCGUCAUCCCCCUCUGAAAUCUGGAGUUUUUCACCUGGACACAGUGCAUCAACAAUGUUGGCUGGCUUAGCAUUACAUAUCGCCGCUAUAUGCCUGGUGAUCGGAGACGCCGAAGACACGGAAAAUGUCAUUCGCACUACUUCUGGAGAUGUCAGGGGCAUCAUUUGUUCGACAACGACUGGUCCAGUGCUGAAGUUCCUGGGAAUACCCUUCGCUGAGCCACCAGUCGGAGAACUUCGCUUCAUGAAGCCAACGCCUAAGAAACCCUGGGCAGGCGUGUUGAACGCCACGUCGCUGCCACCGAUGUGUCCGCAGGUACCCAUUAGAAUCAACAGCUACUUCGCAGUGAAUUCAACGGAUCCCCUUUCUGAAGACUGCCUAUUUCUCAACGUGUUCAAACCAGUUGUAAAUAACGAUUCCGCUUCGAAACCCGUAGUAGUGUACAUUCACGGAGGAGGGUACACAUUUGGGGGCAUCGCGAUGAAGAUAUACGACGCGUCCGAACUCGCCGUCCGAGGAGACCUCGUCGUCGUCACCAUCGCGUACAGACUGGGACCUCUUGGGUUUCUGUACAUUCCGGGCACCGAAGAGGCCCCCAGCAACGUGGGUCUCUACGACCAGCAACUUGCCAUGCAAUGGGUUAAGGACAAUGCCCGUUUCUUCGGCGGCGAUCCAGAUGCUAUCACGGCGAUGGGGCAUAGCGCCGGGGCCAUCUCGAUCGGCUUCCAUCUCUCGUGGCCAAGUAGCGCCCAUCUCUUCCAACGCGCCUUCCUUCAAAGUGGCAGCCCGUUCAUCAAAGCUUUCGUGAGUAGCCCAGCGCAGGCACAAGUCAGGACAAAUAUGCUCGCCGACUACCUCGACUGCAAAAAACGGGACUCGCGCGAGCUUUCCGGUACUGAAGUGGUCACGUGCUUGCGAUCUAAAAACGUCAGUGAUAUACUAGAAGCCGCUGAUAGUAUCAAUACAGCCGGACUGGACGGGUUCUUCCCGGUUUUGGGCGCCGACUUCGUGCCGAAAAAGCCCGGCAAAGCCCUCGCUCUAACCCCAUCGGUCACGCGUGAUGUCCUUGUGAGUAUUUGCGAAGCGGAGGGGGACCUCUUCCUCGAGCAUUUCCUAACGAACGUCAACAAUGUGAACAACAUUGAUUCAGUUACCAAACGCCUCUUGGCAGUGAUUGUGAAGGUACUGCUGAAUUCCAUAGCGAACUUCGACACCGAGCCCAUUCUGAAACGCUACUUCGACCCGGUAACUGCAAAGAAAGGUGUCGAUGUUGUUCGCGCUGCCUCUGAUCUCUUCGGUGACUUGCUGUUCGGCUGUCCCGCACUGAGCAUUGCCCGCACACUCUCAGCGGUGAACGCUUCGGUGCACGUUCUUCGUUAUGCCGAGAAGCCUUCCUUCCUCGGCUGGCCCGAGUGGACUCGACCGACGCACGGCGAUGACAUUGUGUCCAGCUUGGGCUCAGCCCUCAGCCUAGCCGGUCGGCCUUCGACCGUGGACGUCAAGACAACCGAGAACAUGAUAAACGUCGUCUCGACGUUCAUUCGCACGGGUGUUCCGAAAGUCAUCGAUGGCACAACGUGGCAAAGAUUCGACAAAGAUGGACACUACAUGCACAUACGCAACGGAAGCAACGUCCAAGAGAGGAGUUUCCUCGAAUCCACGUGUAAUUUAUGGCACGAACUCUUGCCUGAUCAAUAAAAAAAAAAUCGCCAAACCUGCACUGAACGCGCAGCACUGUCACAGCGAAAUCCAGAGGAGCAGCCUUUAAGAGCCUUUUUUUUUUUACACUUUUUUGGGGUAGCUGAUGCAAGCACACUUGCAGGGUACUCACUAUGCCUUUAAUCGUUGUGUAGUGUAUAUAUGCAAGCAUUCACUAUGCCGUCCUUCGUCAUUCUUCGGAGAAUCGUGGUACCUGCUGCACACUUGCACGAGGCUUCGUGCAAUUUUUGUGUGCAGCGGCUGACGACGAUGAAGAAUUAUGCCAGGUGCUUUUGUAGUCCCCACAAUCCCCCACAGUGGGUAGGCGCCGCAGUUAAUAGGUGAACAAGAUGAAGUUUUUGUCAAGGGUUGGAGAAUUAGACGACCCACUAGUUGCGCAAUUCGCGUUAUAGGACACGUGGUUGUGCCUUUGUUGUUCUAUAACGCUUUAUCACUCAUAUCAACGCUAUUCCUUACCCGACAUCAAGCCUGCCUAGGAUCGAUUUGCAAGAGAGUUCCAAACACCGGUGUGGCUCAGUUCCUGGGCCUGCACGCAGGGGACCCUGGUUCGAAUCCCAUCGCGUGCUUGGUGUUUUUCAUUUACUGACUCUUUGUUUCGCAUUUCGUGCCAUACCGGUGAUGGUGCUGGCGGCGGACAGCUAUAACGUGCACGUGACCCGUGUUGGGAUUUCAUAACAGCUUUCCCUAUAAUAAAACGUUCUUGUCAUCGUUGUUUUAUUUCAUAAGCAAACUGUUGUUCAACGUCAAAGCUUCAAUCACAACAAAUGUAAGAAAAGUGGCAAAAGUGUCAAUGAUCUAAAUGCUGUUGAAUGAGGGCAGUUAUGGCUAUAUUUUCCCUAGAACAAUAAAAGACUGGAAUGUAUUACCUGAUGCUAUACGUGAUUCUCAAACUGCAGAACAUUUUGAAAACAAUGUUACGAAAUAUUUUCUAAGUGAAUCUUCGUAAACGGUGAUUGCUGUUUUUGGUGUGUGUGCCUGUCAUCUUUUGACUAUGAAUAUAUUUGCUGUAACCUGUCUCAUGUACAUUGUAGGAUGUAAUAUUGGGAAGUGUAUUUUGUGAUGUAUGUGAUGUAGCAUGUAAGUCGUAGAACGUAGUAUAGUGAUGUAUUCCUUUUGUAUCGGCUAUGCAUUUCUGUUUUACGCAUGACAUGACGGUUGUUAUGUCAGUUUUCUACCCCACCCCUGUAACGGCCCAAUCGGCCAAGAGUACCUGGAAAUAAAAAUAAAUAAAUAUCA